AAGAAAAGGAAAAAGAAAAGGAAAAUGACGCUCUUCCCUGGCGUUGCGUUGGUCACAGGCGCCGCGUCAGGCAUUGGACAAGCGACAGCAAUUUCAUUUGUUCGCGAAGGCUGCCGAAAAGUUGCCAUUGCAGGCCAGAAUCCCGCUGGCCUGGCGGAAACGGAGCAGCUGAUGCGAGAUCUGGUGUCGACUUCUGUCGCCGGAGAGCUGGAUAUUGUGUGCCAUACCACCGACGUCUCGCAGGAAGCCGAAAUUGAUGCUCUGCUGGAGAAGACGGUGCGCGAUCUCGGGCGGGUCGACUAUGCGGUCAAUUGUGCAGGUGUUCUCCAAAAGGAACAGUCUUCUCAUGAGACCUCGGUGGAAGACUUUGAUCGCAUCAAUAGCGUCAACUACCGGGGUUGCUGGCUGUCGUCUCGAGCCGAGAUCAAGCAAAUGCUGAAGCAAGAACCGCUUCCGACUCACGAUGGUCGUCCUGGUAACAGAGGCGCCAUCGUGAACAUUGCCUCUCAGCUUGGUAUUGUCGGAAGGCCUGGGGCUCCGGCCUAUUGUGCCUCCAAGGCCGCGGUAAUUAGCUUGACGCAGUGCGACGCCAUUGAUUAUUCCAAGGACAACAUUCGAGUAAACUGCGUCUGUCCAGGGGUCAUUGAUACGCCCAUGACCAGACCACACAUGGACACGUACAAGCCGGCGAUCGCUAUUGCUCCCAUGAACCGUCCUGGCACUGCACAAGAAAUUGCCGAUACCGUCUUGUUCUUGUGUAGCUCCAAGGCUACUUUUUGCCAAGGAAUGGCGUUGAUUUGCGACGGGGGAUAUGUGCAGAAUUGA